GUUCUGACAUCUCAUUGUUAAACAAGCUGCAUCACAUUAGAAAAUGAGACCUGGAGAAGCAACAUCCAGUGGUCAGGCACAAGGAAUGCCUCCAAGAUCAGAAGGAAGCUGGUUACAAGAUAAUGGUAAAUCUAUAUCUCCAUCUUCUAUUGAAUUUUUGUUCUUUGGAGCAUUUUCUCCAGUAGAUUCAAAUGAUGCAUACAUUCGUAACCUACCGUUAUACAAGGCUGUAGACAAUGGAGAGCUUGAAGCUACCUUGAGUUUUCUUGACGAAAACCCUGAUGCACUGACUGCUAGUCUUACAAAAGAUGGAGACACAGCACUUCAUAUUGCAGUUCUUGCAGGCCAUGUAAGGAUAGUCGAGGAGUUAGUGAAGCGGAUGACUUCUCAAGACUUGGCAAUUCAAAAGAAAGACCGUUCCACUGCCCUUAUUUAUGCUGCCACUGGAGGUGUAACAGAGAUUGCUAGAUACUUGGUAGAAAAAAACAGAAAAUUGCUUUGCAUUCCUAAUGAAAAUGCCCACAUCCCCGUUAUUGUAGCUGCUUUAUAUGGCCACAGAGAUUUGGUACAGUAUCUCUAUACUGAGACUCCGAUUGAAGAGUUCAGUCCUACUAGAAAUCAAGGAGCUAUGCUUCUAACGACCUGCAUUAUUGAUGAAUUCUACGAUAUUGCUUUGGAUCUGGUUCACUGUUACCCUCAAUUAGCUUUGGCUGAAGACCCAGAGAGAGAUACAGCCCUGCAUCUUUUGGCUAAAAAGCCUUCAUCAUUUCCAAGUGGAGCUCAGCUUGCUCUUUGGCAACAGUGGGUGUAUAAUUGUAUACAUGUACAUCGAAAUAACCAAGCUGGAGACAUAGAAACACCAUACGAAGGCCAAGCUAAUCGAAGAAAUAUGGUAGCAAUAGGAGUGUUUCACCAUUUGCGUGCUAUGCUCUGGAAAGGCUUAAAACUUCUUGUUCCAGGAUUUACACGAAUAUACGAGUUGAAGUUGGCACAUAAACAAGCUCAAGAAUUGCUAAGCUUUAUUUGUCGGGAGAUAUCGACUCUAGGAGACUCACAAAUUAACAUGCUUCAACUAGAUAAAGCAAUAUUUGAGGCUGUUAGACAGGGGAUAGUGGAGUUUAUAAUAGAGAUGAUGAGGAAUUAUCCUGCUAUGUUAUGGUUCUAUGAUGAAAAAGACAGGAACAUAUUUUUCGUAGCAGCUAAAGCACGCCAGGAAAAGAUCUUCAGCCUCAUAUACAGAACUGGUGCAAAGCAAAAUGCUCUAGCAACUCCUUGGGACAAGGACUCCAACAACAUAUUGCAUCAAGCUGCGUUCUUAGCUCCAUCUUCUCAGUUGGAUCGAGUUUCAGGUGCAGCACUUCAGAUGCAAAGGGAGUUACAAUGGUUUAAGGAGGUUGAAAGAAUUGUACAACCUAAGUUUAGGGAAAUGCAGAACAAUCACCGGAAAACACCAAGAGCUCUGUUCACUGAUCAGCACCACCGAUUAGUGGAUGAAGGGGAGAAAUGGACCAAGGGAACCGCGCAAUCUUUCACUGUUGUUGCCGCUUUGAUCGCCACCAUCAUGUUCGCAGCAGCCUUCACUGCGCCGGGCGGCUACGACAAUGACGGCGAUCCUCACUACCUGCGCUACAAUUCCUUCCUGAUUUUCAUGAUUUCCGAUGCAGUGUCAUUGUUUUCUUCCACUACUUCGCUGCUGAUGUUCUUGGGAAUCUUGACAUCGCGUUACAGAGAAGAAGAUUUUCUAAAGACCUUGCCGACCAAACUAAUGAUCGGACUCUCCACGCUUUUCUUCUCCAUAGUCACCAUGAUGAUAACCUUCGGAAUCAGUUUGGUCAUAGUGCUCCAAGAACGGAUCCCAUGGGUUUCGUUUCCAAUUAUCUUGCUCGGAAGUCUUCCGGUGACACUCUUUGCCCUUCUACAGUUCCCUCUCCUUGUGGAGAUUUUCCUUUCAACUUAUGGGCCGGGAAUCUUCGACAAGCCCAAGAAGUCUUGGUUCAACCUCAACUCUUUUUGACUUACACUGCAUUUAUAUUUUACAA